AUUAUUUACAGCGCCAUCUGUUGAGUUAAAAUAAAGCUUGAUAUGUCAGUUUCUUAUCGACCUGUCCGUUCGUGUUUACAUGAACGGAAAUGAAGUAUUUUUUUUAAUCUUUUCUUGUAAAUAAUUAUUAAUUUUUGGGAAAAUGGGCAGCACGGAGUACGCCCGUGAAUUAACAAGACUAUCAGUUGCUAAAAUUGUGCAUACAAUAGGAUACCACACAUCAAACACAAGCCCUUUGGAGAUACUUACUGAUAUUGCUGCCCAAUAUAUUAAAUCCUUGGGGAAAUUAACAAACGAAUAUGCCAAUUUGUAUAAUUUUUCUGAGGCUAAUUUGGAUCAUCUGGGCCUAGCAUUUCACCACUAUCACAUAAACCUACCUGAACUUGAAGAAUAUAUAAGUAAUGUAGAUAUGGGUGGGCCCCCUUUAUCAGCUCCAAAUUUUCCAAUACCAAAAGAGAAUCAUCUAAAUUUUUUAAAGCCAGGGAGUAAAGAAUGUGUUACAAGACCUGUACAUAUUCAUGAACAUUUACCACCUAUGUAUAAUAUGAAUGAAGUUGUUAAUGAAAAUGAGCCAGAACCAAUAGUGGAGGAUCAAGUUCAAGAUGAAAAACAAGAAAAUUCCAGCACAAUAUUUAAGCGCCCUUCAGAAAUAUCACCCAGUGAUAAUUUUAAAAGACCUAAAUUGGUGUUAGAAGAAGAAGGUCGGCCAACGAGAGAAAUAAGUAGUGUUAUGAUGACCACAUCUGGUUUUAUAUCGCCAGCACGCGAAGGAAAAUUACCAGAAUCUAGAACACCUUUAGCAACAUUAGAAACAGCGCCCCUACCGAAUACAACCGCCCCACCAAAUCCGCCAGCAAUCAGCAAACCAAAAGGUCCAAAACGAAUAGAAAAGAAAAAAGAGAAAGGCGCAAAAGAAUUAUUUAAAACGCAAGAAGAUAAAGUUAAAAAAGUUACAACUCCGAGAGAACCGAAAAUAAAAGCAACCGACAAACAAAUAGUCGCGAAUGAAUCUAGAGGUGGAAAAACCCAAAAUCAAACUAACAAUCGAGUUAAUAAAAACUCGAUGGGAAAUAGAUUAAAACCUGAUAAAUCUGGUGUAACAAUCACUCCCAUUAUGCCAUUAGAAAAUAUAAAAUUAUUUUCAGAACCCGACCGUAAAAAAGCAAACAUUUUCCGUAAAAUUUCCGCAAAAGCAGAUAAAUCAGAAAAUAAAGUAAAACCUAAAGAUGAAAAAUUGGAUUCAAGAGAAACAUCGCCUCUUCUUGUUAUAGAUGAGCCCUUCAUAGAUACAAACCCAACUAAUAAAUUUAAUUUAAUGUCUGAUGUGACGGUGGAAAUUGUUCCAAAACCACCACCUCAAAAUCCCCCGCCUAUUAAUCAAGAACGUUACUUCUCAGAUGACUCGCCCCCAGGCACACCAUUAACACCAAAAACUCCAGAAAUGGUCUCGCAUAGUCCACCAUUAACUAAAGAGAAAAAACGACGUGAAAAACCGCAAAAAAUGAAACGAAUACCAAAACAAACAAACGUUGAUGCUGGAGAUUUCGAACUUUAUCCUCGACCAAAAACCCCGGAAGUAGCCAAUAUGUUUCAACCAAUUCCGUUUCCCGUUUUUCCUCCGUCUUUAGGGCCUGGUUUAAUUCCUCAAUCGUUGUUUCAUAACAUGCCACUUCCGCUUGGUGUUCCAAGACCACCGUUUCCUUCGCCCCUUAUUGGAAGUAAUCCUAUGAUUAUGGAUCUUGCGAUACCACCCAUAGCACCUCCUAUUCUCAUCGAUGACGACGAUGAGGAGGAGGAAGAACAACCACCCAAACCAGAAAAGAAAACCAAGGAACACAAAAAAGAGAAAAAGGAUAAGAUUAAGAAAAAGAAUAAGAAGGAUAAAGUCAAGGAUAAGGCGGAGAAAAAGAAAUUAAAGGAGGAAAAGAAAGAAAAAAUUAAAAAGGAAAAAAAGGAUAAGAAGAAAGAAAAGGAGCAACGUGAUUCUGAUGUCCUUGUUCCAAAGCUUACAUUAAAAUUAGGAUCUCCAGCUUCUACAGUUACUUCCGCGGAAACUGAUAGAAAAUUGAAUAUAAAACCUAUAUUAAAAAAAGAAGAAGAAGAACCUAAAGUAACUCAUACGGAAUCAACAAGAGAAGUUUCGCCAGAAUUAGCAAAAAUUAGCGCAUUGGUAACUGGUCAGCCAAAACCAAAGGUGACAACUCCAAUAAAGGAUGAAGUGAUUGAAGAACCAGUGGUGGUAACUUCGCCAUCGAAACACCAAGGUCCAGGUAGGCCCAGAAUACACCCUGUUAAACAGAAACCAAUUAAAGCGCAAAAACAGCAAGUAGCGCAACAACCUCCACAACAAGUACCAAUUAAAGUGAGUACUGAGGAGACCCAACUGGAUAAAGAGGGGAAUGAAGUUUGGAUUUGUCCCGCUUGUGGUAAACAAGACGAUGGGAGCCCAAUGAUUGGUUGCGAUGAUUGCGAUGCUUGGUACCAUUGGGUGUGCGUUGGUAUACAAGUACCGCCUGAUGAUCAUGAAAAUUGGUACUGCAGACAGUGUUUAGCUAAAAAACAAGAAGUUCAUCAAUCUGAUAAAAAGAAAAAGAGGAAGAGGAAAGAAAAGAAAGAACAUUAAUUUUA